GCAAUACAUUUUGCAACGAAAGUUUCCUUACUAUCCAUAUCAUGGCUAACUCAACAAAUACCAAGCUAUAGGUAUGUAAGAUGUACGUGUACAUUUCUCAAUCUUUGUUCCUCCUAGUUUCGGCAUCUCAACGUCUGAUACGAUGGCCAGCGUCGCCCUAUUCCACCCGGGCCGCGUUAUCAACUUCCUCAUCCAAACAAUCCCCCACGAGCUGCUAUCUUCAACGACAUAGAGGUGGGCAACCCGAUACACCGCCAGACACCCGCAGCAUCCUGACUACAUUGGAAGGCUCCCGGAAGGAUAUCCCGUUUCUGGUGCCACCUGUCCUAUCAUACUACGUUCUACGUUGAAUCUUCUCCUGAAUCCAAACGGCCAGCCUAUCUACACUUUACCCGCUUGGCAACGAACCAAGCCUGACACUUAAAAUAGACGAGAGACGGGGCUGCACUUGCGCCUUGAGGCUGACGGCUUGAGACUUGAGGCUUGCAUCCGGCGUCCUUUAUUCUUACAUACGUUAUUCUGCCACUCUUCUGCCAAUCCGCGAGGGACAACCGUGCCUUGCAAGCAGAUGGUCCGAUUAUCCGACUCCUGAGCUUUGCGCGGCCAACAACCCCCCCUUCCCCCCGGUUCUCUAACUACCCUUGGAUAUCGGCAACUCCUCAUUGAUAAACGAAGUUAACGCCGGAAACCAACCUUAUUAAUAUACCUCGCAUCGGGGAGCAACACAUAUCGAUCGAUUGGUCAAUUAACAGAUGUCCUGCCGCUGCCGCCUGGUCAUCCAUGAUACCCCGCUGAGCUUACACCCCAAGACGCCAGCCAUUGAAAUGUUCUCGAAGGCAGGUGGACAUUUCACCAAACUGGAGAAAUAGACGGAACAGGUUUCUUUUAUUUCAAUUUUUUUUUAUUUAAUCGUGGGUGACAAAAAAGGGAAUUCCGACGUUGUAAUAAUAUAAUUGGAAGGAAAGACGGCAAGGAAGAAGGCCAAACUGGUGGGAGUUAUAGGAUAAGGAAUGACCAGCAAUACCAACCAGACCGAUGUCUUCAAUUCCUCAACCGCGAGUGCGAACCCUUCCUCUAGUGUCCGUCCACGUAAUCGACGCUUGAUCUCCCUCGCCGACGACGACGACGAUGACCUCUCAGGAACCACGACUAUAGACCUUGCGACCGGGUCAAGUUCUGACAAUGCCCUGACUUCGAAUUCUCUGUUAACACCUCCCGCGCCACGUUCUCGUGCUGGUACACCAUCUCCCACCCCAAGUAGACAUCCAUCCCGCCCGCCGACAGCUUCGUUGACUAAGAACCGCUCCUCGAGUGGAGGGGCGAGGUUCGGAAAUGGAUGGACAGAUAGUAGGCAAAAUAAACCGACAAGUCCGUUCGUGGCGGAUUUUUUGGAAUCGUCGUGGACUUCCUUACAAGGACUGGCAUCAACUGUGCUCGGGAACGAGGAUAUCCUGGGAAAGUCGAAGUCGUCUACAUCAAGGUCUAGCGCACAGCAACACCGGCGGAAGCCGUCAAAAGUGAACUUCGUCCAAGAUGCGAGAAGUGGCCCGUCGUCAUGGGGCCCGGCAAACUUCUUUAGUAAACAGUUGGGUUCCUUGGGUUCUGGUUCUGAUUCUGGUUUUGGCCCGAGAGAAGACCGACAGUCGAUGGUACAAGCGCUGAAAAGACAAGCUCUCCUUCAGGCUAAUGGAGAUGUAACACCGGAUAGUCAGGGGAAUUACAAACGAAGAGAUUCCGGCGAUGCUCCGCGAGGAUCCUCGGCUCCGCCGCCGGAACAGGACGAUUCGGACGCAUUGGUGUAUGUGCAUCAUGUACAGAAAAAUGACAGCAUCACUGGUGUCUCAAUCCGGUAUGGCUGUCAGCCAACAGUCAUGAGGAAAGCGAAUGGCUUCUGGCCCAGUGAUAGUAUACAAGCUAGGAAGACAGUCCUUCUUCCCGUCGAAGCUUGUACACUGAAAGGCCGUCGAAUACCCGAGAAGGAAGAGCAUGAUAAUCUUUUUGAGGACUUGGAUAGUAGCUCGGAGGACCCGUUUGCAGAACAUACUUCACUGGACCUAGAUCCAAUGUCCUCCUCCGCAUUUGGAUAUGGAGACUCCAGUUUACGAGGCCAGUAUGCCGGAUCAUCUACCUCGUCGGUUUCAGGCAAGACACCGAAGCAAGCACCGCCGUGGAAACAUGAAUGUUGGGUUCAAAUUGAUGGAUUCCCGGAAGCUGUCGAAAUCGGCCGCGUGGCACGGAAGACUUUAGGGUUCUUCCCCCGCGCAAGGCGAAAAUCCCUAGCCCAGCUACCAAUCCCGUAUUCCGACUUAGAAGAUACCCUACACCCCCUUUCUCAACAACAAACCUGUGACACCAGCACCACACCUCCCGCCACCCCUGCCACUUCGACCCCAUUCAUCGCCCGCUCCUCCUCAUCAUCUUCCCACACCCGUGGCCGCUCCAUAUCCAGCUCAAAAUCCGUUUCCAACGCGCACGUGCACCGACAUCGCAGCAGUUUCACCUUCCUAGGCACAGGCGGCGUAGGAACGCUAGACCGCAACGUAAAAGCCCCUGGCCCUGCCGAGGAUAAACUCAAUCAAUUCAUAAACACGCAUCUGCCUAAACUGGCUGUCCCUCCGCCACUGCCCACUCCUCAACCCCUAUUAUCAUCAUCAUCAGCCAGCUACUAUCCACGCGCCUCUACAGAGUCCACGUCAACCAUCCUCUCGAACACGUCGUCUACGGGACUGGAGAACGUUAGCGGCGCUAUUGAAGGGUGGGUUCGCAAGAUAGCCCGCAGCGCCAAGGCUGGGGUUUCAGACUUGCAGCAACAGCAAGGUGGUCAUUUGGGUAUCAGUGGGAUGGGUGAUCUUAUCGAAUUGGCUGAUACGCUGGACGGGAAGCGAAGUCCUAGCCGUGCUGGUGUUGGUGGUGUUGCGGGUAUGCCCUCGUCGGCCAGAAGAGGACGUGCUGUCAAUUGCAGUCCUACUCGCUUUUCAUCUGGAUCGGGAUCUACCAUCGGGCCAUUGGCGUCCGGAGAUGGUGGUAGCAGGAGUAUAAGAGGCAGGAGGACGAAAGGCGAUUGAAUCGCAGUAACGUGGACAUGGAGUGUAUUCUGAUUAUAGAAAUUUGCAGGUGUUUUAUAUGUGUGUGUGUAAGCUGUGUAUCAUUUCUCUAUUUAGAAAAAAACAACAGCAGACUCUUGAAAGGAUUUAUCGCCCCUGUUUUCCUCAUGGUCAUAUAUGCUUUUUUUUUAUUCUCCAUUUAUCUGUAUGGCUAACAGAACUAACUAACUGCCGAGCCUUGAGCGAUUUUACAUACUUUUUCUCUUCUUUCUGCUUCUAAGAAUCUUUUUAUGGCACUUCUUGCAUACGCGUAUCCAGAACGUCCCACUUCUCUUCAUCGUCAUCCUUCUCAAAUUAAAUUUUCUUUUGUUUUUGGUUCAACAUAUAGCCGUCCACCUUCUCUUCCCUUUUUUUCAUCUUCAGUUUUUUUUUUUCCUUCCACCCCCCAAUAUAUUCGGCAGCGAACAUCAUUGAUCUUGUUAAGUGUCUUGUUUUUAUUUGCAUGUUCAUCAUGUCAGUCUUUUCUUUCUUCCUUUUCUCUUUUUCUCAGUUGUACACACACACACACACACACAUAUAUACAUAUACCCGUCGUCCACAGCGCCCGAAAUCAUUGGCAUCUCUUACUACCCAUAGGUAGAUAAAUCAUGCACUACCUUUUGUUACGUGAGAGGCGGUAAUGUCCUAGGCAUACGUCCAAAUAUUCUUGUUUGUUGAAUUUGAUUAAGUUGUUGAAUGCAACUGAGGUUUUCUCUCACGAGCUUCAAUCUUGUAGCCCGACUUUCCACGGGCUCCUGAAUGGUGGUUGAAGUAAGGUUGCUAAAUUGCCGCCAGAGCUUGCUUGCUAAGCGCUUUUUAAGCGCGAUAUAACUUCUCCCCCUGAACCACGUCGAGGUAUCCAAGCAUUUCGGAUUAUAUACCCUUUCGGAGAUGAAGAAGAGCGUUGGAUUGACAUCACCAUCUCUCGCGUAUAAUGGAAACAAAUCAAAUGUAUAUUUUGAUAUUUUUUGCACAUGUACCAUGUAUGUACAUUAAAACUAGAAUAAAUGCUAAAUCUUCAGCUCCGCAACAAUGGCAGGGAGAUGGCAGAAUUGCAAAACUCGUCUUCUACAUUCCCAAGCUUUUUUAAAUUACACUUUACUCUCAGAUCCUCUAGUUGGUUGGACAGAUAUAGUCAAUUGCUCAGUCACGGGUGAAUUCAAACAGGCGCAUGCACCCAAACCUCCCUCCUCCUCGUCUACAUCCUCCUCAUCACUCUCCCACAUCAAAUUCUCCCCCGCAGCCCAAUGAAACACCCACCCAGCAAACCCCGGCUGAGCCUUCGUGAAUCCAAACGGCGCGCCGAAAGGUGCAGCCCCCUCACCAGAGAGAUGCCAUAUCUACCCACGAUGCUCUCCGCUAAUAAUAAGAUACCAAUUCAUCCCGCACCCCUCCGUCCCCAGAUCUAGACAACCGCGGCCAAAAAUACCCGCCUCCCCGUCUCCAUCAAUGGCGGAUGCUGGGAAUCCCUCAGGAAGUUCCGGGUCGUCCUCCCAUAUCCGCCGUUUUGUCAGCGGAAACGGCAACGCGAGACGGCCUUCUGCUGGGUCAUUUCUGUCGCCGCGAUUACUGAGCGGCUUGAGACCGUACUCUUGAGGGCCGCCAUGACAUCCAUUGGCGAUCUCGGCUACGAAGGUCCGAUAUGGCUCUGGGAGGAUUAUGUCAUGUCUGGAUUCGAAGGCGUGGACGGCGGGCCAGCCGAGGGGUGGGGUUAUAUUUCUAGAAGCAAAUAUGGUGCGCAAUUUUUCGACGUCGGCUUUUAUGGCUUCGUUGUUAGGGGAGAGGGUGAAGCUGGAAUUGGAAUUGGUGUUGAUGUUGGGGGCGCUUGGUUUCACUGAAUUGGAAGGCAUUGCAAAUUUAUAAAUUCAAGGACCUUCAAUGAUAGACUUCACUAGCGGAAGUAAGAUAGAAGUGGCACAUGGAUGAACGUAUGUUUUUGGGGAUCAAACGAGGGUAAAAGGGAAACUCAUAGAUGUAGGCGUCAUGUUGUAUGUCAGGCUCAGUGCUUCAUUUCAAAGGGCUUCUUGCUCCAGGCAGCAGAGUGUAUGGCUUGCCUUCCAGCGGCGAUCUUGCAGGUCAGUUCGUCCCUGCUUAUCAUUUCAUAAACGAAAUGACAAGCUUGGAAUAUAAACGUCGUGGGGUUCGUCAGAGAUGUUCCCUUAUUCUUCUACACAUCCUUACCAGAUAUAUUUACAAAAUUGCGAAUUCCGGAAACUUCCUACAGCUAAAUUUUCGUGUUCCUAAAAUAUAGUUUUGUGUGCGAUAUCUUACCUGCCGUAAGACCAUCAUAGCAGAAUACUAUAGAAGCGUUUCCCAGGCGACAAAAUUCAAAGAGAAUGGGGCCAGAGAUAACUACAUCC